AACGGGGUCUCUACAGUCAAAAAUUCCCUGGCCAGGAUCGACGCCGUGCCGACAUCAUCCUUUCGCUUGUGUGCUAUGGAUGGAAUUACGACCAGAGACCGCCUUCCACCUAAAAGGAUAACAACACUUCCUAUCAUGCCCAAGUGAAUCACCCGCAGAUCCUCGGGGACAGGAGGCGCUUACCGGCCGGAUUACCAUCGAAGGACCUCAGCCAUACCCCUUCAAGCCGAGCGUUCCUCUGGAUUUCCAGCUGAAAUUCCGAGCUAUGAACACGAAUGAAGGGAUAAUAAAUUACCGCCUUGCAACCAAACUCAUCCAAUCUCACGAUAUUAUAUAUCCUCAAGAAUCCAGCAAUCGCACAAUACCCCCUGGAGCAGCAAUGAAUACCACAACAGACUGAUAGAACUAAGGAUAUCAUACAGUGAGACCUACACAAGUAGACUUUCCCCUACUAAUGCAUUAUAAGUUAUAGCGCGAGGCCCAAUAAUGUCCCCAAAGUCAAAGAAGCACCCACGGUGUCUAGCCUUCAUUCCAUGCGUCCAACCACAGAACAACCUACAACCAAACCUCACAUACAUCACAAUUCUUUCCCCCAAAAGAGAACUCGGAUUCUCCGAAUUCUCUUUUUUUAAAUACGUGGAUUGAUCUAGGUACUGGACUAGGGCGCAUCCAUUGUAUAUCAUACAACAUAAGUUAUGCUCUCCAACCCUCCAACCCUACAGCUCCUCUGGUAAGAUACGGAACCUAUCAUACCUCCCUCAAAAUGAGAAAAGGGCAGGCGGAAAAGUAAUUCACCACCAGUAGGCGCCAACAAGAGAAAUAACAAUCAAUCCCCACUUCCAUCUCCCUGGUCAUAGGAUAACGGGGCAGGCGCUUGCAUCGUUUUAAGGACCAAGAAAGCUUUGACGAUAAAUCGAUAUCGGUAGUCGAGGUCAGCCCGGAGGCACUACUAACCUUUGGAGAGGUUUUUAUAUAUACAACUAGUUAGGCGUGCCCCCCCCCCCCUCCCCAAGCAGAGAACAAGGAGCCAAUGACCCUGCGGUGGGUUUUGCUUUCCAUAUGGUACUGGCAGCUGCGUGUAGGCACAGGAGCCAUUAAGUUACGGAAGGAAGGUGGAGUUGUGUGAUAUUGGAUUCCUCCACUGGGGUCAUUUCUAUGAAAUCGUGUAGCCCCAGGGAGCGAACGGGUCCGUAAUCUAGAUUACGCAGAGGAGCACUAUAUACCAGUAACUAAUCAGGCGGUUGAGUAAGUAUGCUUUAGUAUUCAUUAUCAAUGCUCAGCGAGCGAAUGCCGAGGUUCGAGGUCUCGAAUGGGGGGGGGACUUGCUAAUUAUAGAUAAAGUUACUUAAUAAUGCCAGAAUUGAACUAGCCACAAGUUACCCCCAAUUGGGCUGACUGGACCCUUUUCCCCAACCACCGCUCACUUUGUGACUUUGUGGACACUUCUCUCUUUCUUUCUUCCUCCUCCCUAACAAGUUCAGACUCUACCACCACAACAACAACAAAAACAACAAUGCACUUCACCAAACAACCACCCAUGACAGGCCCCACCAAACUCCCCCCAAUAGUCCUCUCGGCCCCCAGCGGCACGGGAAAAUCCACCCUGCUGACGCGACUAUUCGCCUCGCACCCGGAAACCUUCGGCUUCAGCGUCUCGCACACAACCCGGAAACCGCGGAGCGGCGAGGUUGAGGGCGUGGAAUACCACUUCGUCACGCCCGAGACCUUCGAGUCCCUGAUCGAGCGCGAUGCGUUCAUCGAGCACACACGCUUCAGUGGCAACUACUACGGCACUAGCGUCGAGGCCGUCAGGGCCGUCGCCGAGCGAGGGCGCGUGUGCGUGCUGGACAUCGAGAUGGAGGGCGUAAAGCAGGUGAAACGCACGGAUCUGGGCGCCAAGUUUGUGUUCUUGAAGCCGCCGAGCUUGGAGGUGCUCAGGAGUAGGCUUGAAGGCAGGGGUACCGAGACCGAGGAGAGCUUGGGAAAGAGGUUGGAGAGGGCGAGGGUCGAGUUGGAGUUCGCGGAGGUGCCCGGUGUGCAUGAUAAGGUUAUUGUGAAUGAUGAUUUGGAUAAGGCGUAUGAGGAGUUGGAGGGGUAUAUUUUGAGUCUUAUUUCUUAGGGUUGUCGUUGUUGGGUGUAGAUAUGAUAGGAUAAUACGCAUGGCACAAUAAAAUCUAGAAGCCGAAUAUUACUAGAGGCCUCUUCUUACCCCAA